CCACUUCAACCUCCUCUCCUUCCCUCGAUUUCUCUUUCUAAACCCUAAGAAACGCAAAAUUCCAACCACAUGCCUUCUCUCUCUCCCUCGAUCGCUGCAAUUGCAAUCCACCAUGCAACGCUAGGCCCACCACCGAAUCCUCGAUUCCCUCCGUCUCCAUCGCCAGAAGAUCGAAGCUGAAUCGCCGAAUCGUCGUCCAUGGCGAUCCCCAAGACCUCCAACUCCUACCCCGCGUCGCUGAAUUACUCGGUCCACCUGGAGAUCCGCCUCUUCUACGUCCGCAUCUCCCCCUGCGUCGUCGGCAUCGUCCCCGACCACCUCACGCUCCGCCACGUCCACCGCGAUCUCGGGGUCUCCCUCGAGAUCAACGGCGCCCGCGUCCCCGAGCUGAACCCGGCGUCCAUCACGCUCAGGCGCGACCGCGUCGACAAGGACUCGCUCGAGGCGACGUACCUGAGCACCGACAGCGUGAGGAUCACGGGAGGCGUCGAGUUCGAGGUGCUGGAGAACGAGGACUUGGUCCUGUGCGGGUCGCUGGAGAGGGUGGACGACAAUUGGAGCAACGUGGGCACGGGGCUGGAGAACGAUUCGAACAAAGGGUGGUUCAUGGAUUGCUACGUCGCGAAUUUGGGCAGUCCUUCUUCGUCGUCGUCUUCUGCCUUCUUUCAACCGAAGAUGGGGGUGUCUUCUCCAUCUAUCGAGGUGUAUAUUGCGGGGCGGUGCUCUGGCGUUCCGGUGAUUUUGACGAAGACGAUACAGGUGAGCCCUAGAAGGAAGGGCUCGCGGCACGGAACUUUGGAUGCUAUACCGGAGGACGAAGAGAUCGGGAAGGAGCAGAACAUAGGGAAUGGGUUAGUUCGACACCGGGAUUUGCAGAUGGUAGUUGCGGAAGCUGAUGACUAUGGACCAGAGAGUAAAUUUGGGCACCCAUAUUACUCAGAAGACAUGUAUACCGGCGAGGACGGACAGCUUUCAUGGUUUAAUGCUGGUGUAAGAGUUGGUGUUGGAAUUGGCCUGGGUAUGUGCCUUGGGAUCGGGAUAGGUGUUGGAUUGCUCAUGCGCUCAUACCAAGCAACUACCAGGAACUUCAGGAGAAGGUUUUUCUGAAUCUGGUCUUUAUGAGGGGCAAAUUUGCAUCUGGUUCUGUAAAUGGAUGCUGGAGCUCGGGAAUUUCACUUUGGUUGUCCAAGAUUUUGGCUACGUAUGACAUCGGUCAGUGAACUAGAGGUAUAGAGCAAGUCGUGUCGAUUCUUUUGGAAGUUGUAUAGCAAAUUUAUUUCUUGUGAAGCUUCAAGAGAGCUGAAGAGGUCAUCCAAUAAACUUCCUUUAGCUGACUUCCGGACCGCCAACAGCUGUUCAAACGAUCCUGUAACAUAUAACGUGGUUGCUGCAGUUGUUGGUACAGUGCGGCAGUGUGUCCUAAACUUCUGUUUUGUUCCUCUUACUCAAAUUUUGCUGGUGAUCCAAUUCCUGUAAUUAAGGUCUCGUUUACGAGCUUUAUCGAGCAGCAAACCUUCUGUAUGCUAACGUGAAGAUGUAGCUGAAAACCGUAUGUGCGCGUGCGCUUGUAUAGCUUUCGUAUUAUCCGGGUUGUCGUGUUGGAUGGUUCAUAGCUUUUGUGCUCUAGUGUGUGGACGGUACUCAGGGAAGGUAGAUUCCUCGGCUUAGUUUGUGA